AUGAAGGGUAAGCAAUGCAAGGUUGCCAUCAACGGUUUCGGCCGCAUCGGCCGCAACUUCUUGCGAUGCUGGCACGGACGCGCCAACACCAUGCUCGACAUCGUCGCCAUCAACGACUCGGGCGGAGUGAAGCAAGCGAGCCACUUGGUCAAGUACGACUCCGUCCUCGGCACGUUCGAGGCGGAUGUCAAGAUCAUCGACGACACGCACAUCUCCAUCGACGGCAAGUCCAUCGAGAUUGUGUCUUCCCGUGACCCGCUCCAGUUGCCGUGGAAGGCUCUCGGCGUCGACAUCGUCAUUGAAGGUACCGGCGUCUUCAUCGACACCCCGGGCGCCUCCAAGCACUUGACCGCGGGCGCCAAGAAGGUUGUCAUCACGGCCCCGGCCAAGGGUGACGACAUCCCGACCUACGUCCUCGGUGUCAACGCCGACCAGUACAAGAACACCGACAAGAUCGUCUCCAACGCGUCGUGCACGACCAACGGCCUCGCGCCGUUCGUCAAGGUUCUCGACGACCGAUUCGGCAUCGUCAAGGGUUUGAUGACCACCACGCACUCCUACACCGGUGACCAGCGCAUUUUGGAUGCGUCUCACCGUGACUUGCGCCGCGCUCGCGCCGCCGCCUUGAACAUCGUGCCGACCUCCACCGGCGCCGCCAAGGCUGUCGCGCUCGUCUUGCCGCAACUCAAGGGCAAGCUCAACGGCAUCGCGCUCCGCGUCCCGACGCCGAACGUGUCCGUCGUCGAUCUCGUCAUCCAAACCUCCAAGAAGGUCACCGCCGACGAAGUCAACGCCGCGUUCCGUGAAGAAGCCGCCGGCAAGCUCAAGGGUAUCCUCGCCGUCGCCGACGAGCCGCUCGUGUCUUGCGAUUUCAAGUGCUCCGACGUCUCCACGUCCAUCGACGCCGCGCUCACCAUGGUCAUGGGUGACGACAUGUUGAAGGUUGUCGCGUGGUAUGACAACGAGUGGGGCUAUUCGCAACGCGUAGUGGACUUGGCGGAAUUAUGCGCAGCAAACUGGGAAUGA